AACUGAAAGCGAAUGCAACUGAUAGUAAUGGCUACUGGGACUUUUGUCCUCAUUUGUAUUGUUGACGUUAUAGAACAUCAGUGGUCUUCAUGGUGGAAUCUGCAGUAAGAACAAGCGGCAUGAUGGAAUAAGAAGGCCAGCAGGAACCUACUUCUAGGACAUCCUCAGGCAUCACACUUUGUAUAUAGGCUGAAGGCUGAAUAACUUCUGAAACUAUCACUAAUGGUCCUUGAGACUUGUCUUUUCUUGUUGCACUACAGAGGUCAUUAGAGACUGAUAAGAGCAAAUCUUUUUUGGGGGUUAGCGAUGUUCUAUCACUACAACCAAACUACUGAUCAGGACCUCGAAGAUGUUUUCACCUAAACAGUAGAUCUAUAGAUUGUAGAGACCUAACUAUAGCUCAUUGCCAGCUAUGAGACUAAUGGAUGAUAUGACUGUCCGAAAAGCCCUGAGGAGAAACAAGCUAUGCAAUGAUUUGCUGAAGUCUCUCUCUUACCAGAUAUGUUGCUGCUGUGGUCCCUCCCCAUGCUCUCUGUGCUGGUCAUGUUGUCCCAGCAUUAAGGUGUCCACUGGUACCAGGCUGCUCUACACCUUCUACCACAUUUUGGCCUCCACUGUCUGCUGCCUGAUGCUUUCCAGAAAGGUGUCGGAAACCGUCAAGGAACAUGUGCCUUGGUUUUCUCUCCUGUGCAGUCAUCUGCCUGGCAGCACAGACUGUGACAUUCUGGUGGGAUAUACAGCUGUGUACAGGGUCUGCUUUGGCACUGCAUCAUUCUACUUCAUCCAGGCUGUAUUCCUUGUCAAUGUGAAGUCUACACAGGAGUUCAGGGCUAUGGUCCACAAUGGGUUUUGGUGUCUGAAGCUCCUGAUUUUAGUUGGAAUGUGUGUUGCAGCAUUCUUUAUCCCCAGUGAGUCUUUUAUACGCGUGUGGCAUUAUGUCGGCGUCUGUGGCGGAUUCUCAUUUGUCCUCAUCCAGCUUAUUCUGAUAACUGCAUUUGCUCACACCUGGAACAAGAACUGGCUGACCGGAGCACUGAAAGAUAAGCGCUGGUAUAUUGCUGUGCUCAUGACCACAUUGCUGUUCUAUUUUAUUGCCUCCCUGGCCUUCUAUUUCCUAUACACGUACUUCACCCACCCAGCUGGCUGCCUCCUGAACAAAGGACUCAUAAGCAUUAACGUCAGCUUGUGUAUAAUCAUGUCCUUCAUUUCCAUCACCCCUUGCGUACAGCUCAAGCAGCCUCGUUCUGGAUUGCUGCAGUCCUCCAUCAUCAGCUGCUAUGUCACAUACCUUACGUUUUCAGCCCUUUCAAGCCGACCUCCAGAAAGAAUUCAGUACAGGGGGCAGAAUAUCACAGUGUGUUUCCCCAGCAUCAGCAGAGAUGGACUUCAGACAGAAGACACAUCUAUUGCUAUUAUCGGAGCCGCCAUCAUGUAUGUGUGUGUCCUGUUUGCGUGCAAUGAAGCGUCCUACCUAGCGGAGAUGUUUGGUCCAAUGUGGAUGGUUAAGGUCUACACCUAUGAGUUCCAGAAAGCAUCGUGCUGCUUCUGCUGUCCGGAAGAAGAUGAGGAAGGAGGCGAGCGGAGUUGUGAGGAAGUGGAUACCAGCGGUGGACAGACAGUGAUACACGAUGAGCGUGAGCGUGUGAUCUACAGCUAUUCCUUCUUCCACUUUGUGUUUGUGCUGGCCUCUCUCUAUGUGAUGAUGACGCUUACCAACUGGUUCAGCUAUGAAAAUGCAUCCCUGGAGACCAUCUUCACCCAUGGCAGCUGGCCCACAUUUUGGAUCAAGGUGGCAUCCUGUUGGACUUGUGUUCUCCUCUAUUUGUGGAUACUUUUAGCACCAACAUGCUUUUCUGGAAAUGACCAAACACACAGGACCAACCCAUCACAACAUAUACUGAGGCGCAGGCAAUUUCGCAGGGUCACAGUUUCUAAAUAAAAUGUCCCAUUGUCCUUAUCUGUUGCAAAGACAGAGUGAUAGGACUUGCUGUGGGCUUAUGAUCCAUGCAUUUACAAGAACUAAGGGGAUUAACACAGAGGUAGAUACCUCCUGUGUGAAUAAAAUUUUUACCCAAUUAAAAAAAUUAAAUCAGAGCACGGAUAAAGGAAACAGCCUGUCUACGGCUCAUGGUAGGGGGCUUCGAAAACACAAACCUGGAGCGGAUGGAUAAUUUCUUAGAAAUCAUUUGGUGACUCACUGUUGGGAGUUCUGUCUUCUAUGAAUUGUUCUACUUCCUAUUGUAUAUGACAUUUUUAUGUUCCCCCAUAUAUGGUAAGCCUAAGGAAUAAUAAUGCAAAACAUAUUACUAUAUUAGCUACAGAUUUUUACUAGUCACAGUGAUUGCAUGUAAGUGCUUGGAAUUGUCCCCAUACCUAGUACUAAUUGUAAAGCUUCACUCUCUAUCGGGGCGAAGGUCUAAUGAGUCUUCAUAACUUUUUCCCCAUGGUUUCAAAGAAGGACAUCUGGUGCCAUGUUCAUAUUUUACGAACCCAUGAAGGACAGUAAUGACCCACCGCACUCUCUUUAAACCUAUCACCAGCUAGUGGUUAUUAGAUAGUAUUACAGACUAUGGGAAGGAUAUGUAACCAUACGGUGCUGGUAGGACCACUCUACAAGCAGUGCAAUGUGGGUCCCCUCAAAGCUCAAUAGGUUAAGCAUUACUGUGGAAAAUCUCUAAUGAACUGACAUUCCUGCACUGACCCUUGCAAAAGGCACUGAAUGCUGUAGAAGUGAAUGACACUUGCUUACAAAGGUUGUUUUUGUAAGACUACCCUAUGUGCUUGUUGUAAGUCUGAUUUCUGUGAAUGGCUGCGAGCUAUUAACUAUUCUAGUGUUUCCAAAGCUUUAGUCUUUUUUUUUCAUGGUCAAAAUGCCAAACAAGUUUUACAGAGAACGUAUCCUGAGACCAAACCAUGUCAAGCUGACGCCUAAAGGCAAUACAAUAGGACUUGCGUACAAGCUGUGCAGUCUGCAUACCUCUGCUCUCAUCUAUACAUAAUGGGAUUACUGCGUCAAAGCUACCUGAAGUGUCCCAUACGCUCAAACUCAGGGAGGGAUUUAUCUUGACUUGCAAGGUCAGGCUGGAUCUGCUCAGAGAUAACGUUAAAGCAGUUUUGCUUUGUAUAGUGAAGGGAUCAAUGCCCAUUAUUUAUAGAACGUGUGUCCUAAGUGAGUUUCUUCAAAAUGAUCAGAAAUUUGGGUGUGCUGGACUAAAAUGAACUGAAAAUCCCUGUUCUAUUCACUGACGUCUCUGCUAUAAUAUUGCCUAAGAAAGCCCACAAAUGAGGGAUGUAAUCCUUAUAUCCGGAAUUGAGGCCUAAUGGUAUAUAUUGAUUUGUAUUUUCCACCCACUUUUCCUUAAAUAAUGACUGUCGUGAUCUUCCCAUAUGGUGGUCAGAGGUGAUUGCUCAACUUCUGUGCUCUGAGAAGCUGUCACCAAUUCUGACAUAGAGAUAAGACCUAGAACCUAGAACAAGACACUAAUAACUGCACACUUGUAAAAGAAUGGGGGGUUUUUAGCGGGGGUUAAGGAAUUUGUAUGUAUAGCAGUAUUAAUGUGAGAAGUUAUUUUAAAAUGAGA